AUGUCCGCGAAGAGCAUUCUCGAAGCCGAUGGCAAGGCCAUCAUCAACUACCACCUCACCCGUGCUCCGGUGAUCAAGCCCAGCACUCUCCCUCCUCCGACUAAGCACAACGCCCCCCCCAGGCUUGCUUCGCUGCACUUCCCUGAGGACAAGGACGUCAACGCCGUGCUCGACCAGGCCGAGAUCACAUACCCGUGGCUGCUUCACCAGGACGCCAAGUUCGUCGCGAAGCCAGAUCAGCUCAUCAAGCGACGUGGCAAGAGCGGUCUGCUUGCGCUCAACAAGUCAUGGGCCGAGGCGAGGGCGUGGGUUGCUGAGCGCGCUGGCAAGACGCAGAAGGUCGAGCACACAGAGGGUGUUCUCCGUCAAUUCCUGGUUGAGCCCUUCGUGCCGCACCCUUCUGACACCGAAUACUACAUCAACGGCGACUGGAUUCUCUUCACCCACGAGGGUGGUGUUGAUGUCGGUGAUGUCGACGCCAAGGCGGAGAAGCUUCUCAUCCCCGUCGACCUCAAAGAAUACCCGUCAAACGAGGAGAUCGCUGCCACUCUCCUGAAGAAGGUCCCUAAGGGCAUUCACAACGUCCUCGUCGAUUUCAUCACCCGCCUCUACGCCGUCUAUGUUGACUGCCAGUUCACAUACCUCGAAAUCAACCCUCUGGUCGUCAUCCCCAACGAGGAUGCCACUUCCGCCUCGGUCCACUUCCUCGAUCUUGCUGCCAAGCUUGACCAAACAGCAGACUUUGAGUGCGGUGUGAAGUGGGCUAUUGCCAGGUCGCCGGCCGCCCUCGGCAUCACGGCCCCGACGAGCAGUAGUGGCGCCGUUAGCAUCGACGCCGGCCCGCCGAUCGAGUUCCCCGCUCCGUUCGGCCGUGAACUCACUAAGGAAGAGGCUUACAUUGCCGAACUUGAUGCGAAGACUGGUGCCUCGCUUAAGUUGACCGUCCUCAACCCCAACGGCAGGAUCUGGACCCUGGUUGCCGGUGGUGGUGCCUCCGUCGUCUACGCUGAUGCCAUCGCAUCGGCUGGCUUUGCCGAUGACCUCGCCAACUAUGGCGAGUACUCCGGUGCCCCCACCGAGUCCCAGACCUAUCACUACGCCCGCACCGUCCUUGACCUGAUGCUCCGUGCUCCCAUGGAUCCUAAGGGCAAGGUUCUCUUCAUCGGCGGCGGUAUCGCCAACUUUACCAACGUUGCUAGCACAUUCAAGGGUGUCAUCAAGGCGCUCCGUGAGUACGCCAACACCCUUAACGAGCACAACGUCCAAAUCUGGGUCCGCCGCGCGGGCCCCAACUACCAGGAGGGUCUCAAGAACAUGAAGGCCGCGACACAGGAGCUUGGCCUCAACGCCAAGAUCUUCGGCCCCGAGAUGCACGUCAGUGGCAUCGUACCCCUAGCUCUCAUUCCCGGCAAGUGGGAGGAGAGCAAGGCUGAGGAGUUUAAGGCUUAA